AUGUCUGAGGAUUUGAAACAGCAAAGACCGUCGCGUGUUUAUAGAGCUUUGUGGCUUUUAAAACAGGCGGAAUGGCGGUUUGCGUGGGACCGACGCUUCUUUGUGCUAUGCGGUCUGCGUUUGGCAUACCGUUUGGGUGAGAAUGAGGCGGAAAAGAAGUCUGGCUACAUCAUCUCCCUUCAGCGUACAGUGGGCCCACCGGAGUCGCAUACGUUCCGUGUGUGGCUCAAAGAAGGAGAGUGCUGGACACUUCGAGCUGAAACAGAUGGGGAUCACAGAGAGUGGACGAAUAGCAUUGCCGCAGCUUUGAUGCAAGGCUCGGCGGAAGAGCUUUGUAAUGUGCGUGAAGGCAUUGUUCUAAAAAAGGGGGCUUGGACAGGCCAAUGGAAGCCACGGUAUCUGGAGUUGGACGAAUACCGUCUGGCUUACAGACUCAACAAAGAGAGUGAGGUGCGAAAUCGCUUUGUUCUUGUGGCAGCUGAUGCUUCCGGUGAGGAGGGAAGAGAAACGGAGCUGCUUGUGACGACAAGUUGUGGAGAACGAUUUUGGUUGAAGUUUUCUACUAAAGAGGAAUUUAAUGACUGGAGAAAUAUGAUCAUGCGGGGACUGCAACGAACCAUGUCGUGGCAUUGGAUGGCGCUUGGCUCCUCACGCACUUCCGAGUACGCCCCACUCCGCGUACAGUACCAUGCGAGCGCUGCUGGAAGUGGACCAACUGUGUAUUGUUAUGGUGGUACGUACAGCUUAGCACCGCGUUGCUUUUUGGGGGCACCAAAGGUAUUCUUGCCAAAUGUGUGCCGCGAGAAUGUUUCGAGGCAACUCUCCUGUAUAAAGCUUUCCGGGGAACACAAAUGCACACCUCUAGAAAUUAUUCCCUAUGAGGAGAGCGCGCACGCCAAAGUACGACCGCCGCCCUUAUUUGGCGCGGCUUUAUGUAUGCUGAAAUCAACGUGUAGAUCAUCGUCGUCGUCGCUGCCCAACUUAAGCACGUCCACUCCACCGUUGGAGUGCUUGUUGCUUGUGGGUGGCCGCAGCGAGACGUCUAUUUUUCGUGACGUCACAGUUGAGAUGUGGUGGUGCGUGCUGCAGGGCUCGUCAUCCAUGUGGCAGCGGUGCUGUUAUGAUGUAAAUGUGCUUCCACACCGUACUUUUCAUACCUUGACCACAAGAACCUCGAGGUCGGCGGUAGUUGCCGGUGGAUUAGACGAAAUGAAUCGUGUUUGCGCGGAUUGUUUUAUUAUUUUCUGGUCUGAAAAUGAGACAGAGGCCUUCGUUACUCCUCCGGUUGUGAAGUUUUUGGGUGACCUUCCAGAGCCUCGUGCGUUUCACGUUUGUUUGGCGCUGCCUGAUGCUUCGCUUUUUGUGUUUGGUGGCUGUAGUGUGCGCGGGCCUGCGUCAUGUAGCUACUUUCUUUCGCUGUCGUGUACGGAGUCGGAGUGGCGAAAGGUGUCCAUAGACCCGCCCUUGCCUGUACUAAAUAAUGUGUGUGCGGCGGAGGCUGUUUCUGCUAGUGGGCAACAAAGGGUCCUUAUUAUGGGGGAGACGCGCACCUCGUACCCCACUCUCAGGCUGUUUCUGCUGACGCUGCAGCCCACGUCUGCCGUUUCAGCAGAACUAUUACUUACUAUUGGCGCUGCCCCGCGGCGCUGCUGUGGAGCGACGAUGCACCGUGCAGAGGGCUACCUUUACGUCUUUGGAGGCUGCUAUGAUGGCAGCCAGCGCAAUGAUCAGGGUCAGACGGUGGUGUUUCAAGACCCCAUCCGUAUGCUCAUUGGCGACAGCGCGGGAAGUAGAACUGCCACCACUCACCGCGAAUGA